ACUGAAGUUGAAAUGUUUGUGAUUAUGUUUCUCCCCCUUAGCUGGCUAGUGCUGCAGUUAACUGCUGCUGAACUAGAUUAUACCUCUCAGGGGCAGCGAAUGCAGUUGCAAGGUGAUUAUUCCUUCGCCGGACUGUUUGCUCUCCACUACACUAAUCAGCCACAUGAUGGUUUACCUGCUUUGGUACGCUGUGAUCAAGGUAGACCCAACAAACACGCAUUUCACCUGAUGCAAGCAAUGAGAUUCGCUGUGGAAGAAAUCAACAAUGGGACCAGUCCACAGCCUCUCUUACCAGGGGUGAAGAUUGGCUACCAGAUGUAUGACAUCUGCUCAAUCCCGGCCAGUGUCCUUGCCACACUGGACUUGCUUGAACAGGAGUACCAGAACACUCCCGUUGUGGAAGGGCACGCACACUUAAACUCCAGCAAAACUCAAAAAGCAGUGGCUGUAAUUGGACCGGACAGCAGCAGCAAGAGUUUCACCCCUGCUGCUUUACUGGGAGCCUAUCUAAUACCACAGAUCUCCUAUGAAGCAUCAAAUGAAAUGCUGAGCAACAAGAUCCUCUAUCCAGCCUUCUUCCGCACAAUCCCAAGUGACCGGAACCAGGUGGCAGCUAUGAUCCAGCUCCUGGUUCGAUUCAACUGGACUUGGGUCGCUCUCUUGGGCAGUGACAAUGAUUACGGACUGCAGGGCAUGCAGAGCCUGGCGGUGCAAGCACCACAACAUGGUAUCUGCAUCUCCUACCAAGGAGUCAUCCCAAGCGCAAAUGAUGACACAGUCCAGACCAUGAGGAACAUGGUGGAGAACAUAGUGAACACCCAAGUGAACACCAUUGUCGUGUUCUCCAGCAAGACAAAAUUCCAUGGCUUCCUCCCCUUUAUCUUGGAGAGGAACAUAAGGGGUAAGGUGUGGAUUGGAACGGAGGACUGGUCCCCUGCUACUCUUAUUUCAGGGAUGCCUGGGAUCCAGACUAUUGGCACGGUGAUUGGUGUGUCUGUUAAAAAUGCAGCCAUUCCUGGUUUUCAGGACUUUCAGAGAAAGGUAGUUGAGGUUUCAAUGAAGCACAUGGAGGAAGACUCGAAUGUUUCCCAAAGUAGUGACAACGACUGUCUGCAGAGCACAGACUUGUACAGCCUCGCCCGCCACAAUUACUCCAUGGAUAAAUAUGACAUCACCUCUUCCUUCAAUGUGUAUAAGGCGGUGUAUGCUUUGGCUCAUGCUCUUCAUCAGGCACUUGGUUGUGAUACUGGAGAGUGCAACAAGAGAAGUGUAACCCCACAAGAGCUUUUAUUGAAGCUUAAGCAGGUGCAGUUCUCUGUAGGCAAUUCAUCUGUGUACUUUGAUGUAAAUGGCGAUCCACCCACAGGAUAUGAUAUCAUUUCGUGGGUUUGGAGGGGGUCUGAGUGGUCUCUCAGAGUGGUGGGUUCCUUCACACCGGACCCCGUAACUCUAACUGUGGAUGCUGAUCAAAUCGAAUGGCACAACAACGGAGAGUCGGAAUCAACGUUGCUGUGGGUGCCUCCGUCUGUUUGUUCUCCACCGUGCCCAAGAGGCCACAAGAAGCUGCUGAAAGGGCAACACGCAUGUUGCUUCGACUGCCAGGCCUGUCCUGCUGCCACGUUCCUCAACAAAAGUGAUCUGACGGCCUGCCAGCCGUGUCUGCCGGAGGAGUGGGCUCCCCGGAGCAGCGAGCAGUGUCUGAACAGGACCGUGGUGUACCUGGCCUGGGACAACCCUCUCUCCAUUGCCCUGCUUUUCUCUUUAGCCAGCUGCCUCCUCUUGACCUCCAGCACUGCAAUAAUCCUCCUGCUGAACCUGAACACACCAGUGGGCAAGUCUGCUGGCGGCCGCACCUGCCUCCUGAUGUUGGCAGCCCUGACCGCCGCUGCCUUGAGCACUUUGUGCCAUUUUGGCAAGCCGUCUCUGCUGGCCUGCAUCCUCAAGCAGCCUGCAUUCACCAUCAGCUUCUCUGUGUGCCUGGCAUGCAUCGCUGUGCGCUCCCUCCAGGUUGUCUGCAUCUUUAAAUUUGCAUCCAAGCUGCCGCCGGUCUAUGACAAGUGGGUCAAAAAAAGUGGGCCUGAGAUCACUAUCUUUCUGGUGUCUGUCACCAUCUCGUUCAUUUCUGUGCUCCGCGUAUCGCUGGACACUCCACAGCCGUCACAGGAUCUGGAAUUCUACCCAGACAAAAUUGUGUUGGAGUGCAGUAAAACGCUCUCAGUGGGCUCAGGCAUUGAACUUGCCUAUGUAUCACUGCUCAGCAUGUUAUGCUUCUCCUUUAGUUACAUGGGUAAAGACUUGCCCGCCAAUUACAAUGAGGCCAAGUGUGUCACCUUCAGCCUCAUGGUGUACAUGAUCUCCUGGAUUAGCUUCUUCACCUUGUACCUCAUCAACAGAGAAACCUUCACCAUGGCUGCACAGGUGUUUGCCACACUGCUCAGUGUUCUGGCCUUCCUUGCAGGAUACUUCCUUCCCAAAAUGUAUAUCAUUGUCUUGAAGCCACAAAUGAACACGACUGCACAUUUCCAGAACUGCAUUCAAAUGUACAUCAUGAACAAAUAA